ACUGACGUGGAGAUCUGUUUGGUUGGUGGCAGUUGCAAAAGUCCUGUUGAAAGAUUUUGGAAUGGGAGCAGCACAAUGUAUAUUUUGCAGAAGGCAACACACCAUGAAGAAGGUGACUCCAUGGAAGAAUCAAAACCAGAGGAAGCUCUUUUUCCCUCUGAGCUUUUGCCAAAGGAGAGUCCUGGACCAGCAGCUCUUUCUGUGGGAAGAGCAAAGCAGUUGGUUUCCUUAUAUGCAAUGGUGCAAAAUCCAAACGUGACCCACCUGGGAAUAGGGGACCUGGUGCUUCCUCCCCUCUGGGUCAGGUGUGAUGGUUCUGAUCCUGAACACACCUGUUGGAUUGGAGCUGAGCCUCUCAGAGCUGGAAAGAAGAUCACAGGGAUCACGAUUUACAUGGUGUCAUGUGAUGGUCCUACAGCUGAUAAAACCUGUUUUGCAAACCUGGAGGAGCUCAAAAUGGAACAUAAAAGAAGACAUCAUUCAUCUGUGGUGACAACCAAAGGAUUUGCUCAGUAUGAACUGAUCCAAGUUGCUGCAAUGGAGGACACCAUUGUAGAAUCUGGAGGCAAUAUCUAUGUUGAUAUUACAUGGAAUAUUGUUGAUAAGAUUCUGGAGACUCCCCCACUGAUUUCAGCUGCCACUCUGAACAUUGCCCUGGAGUCAGGGGAUCCCAGGAGUCCUGUGUACCAGGUGUAUCGGGAGCUGCAGCUUCUCCUGGCUUUGGCUGAAGGUUUGAAGACAGGUGUGACUGAGUGGCCUGAGCCUCUGGAGUCUGAAUCAGCUGUUGAACUGGUCCAGGAAUUCCUGACUGAUUUAAAGAAGAAGCUGGAUGGAGACUGUGGGUCUGGGAGCAAGGGUGAAACAGAGAAAAUCCAGUGUGACACGGCUGCAGUGGACAGUUACAUCAAAUCCAUCUUCAGUGAGAGAGGAGACCUGGAUUUUGCUGAACAGUUAUGGUGCAAAAUGAGAAGUGUCAGUUCCUACCAGGAGUUGAUAGACUGUUUCACACGGGUCAUAAAAUCCCUGGAACGUGGGGAGAUCCAGCCCUGGAUUCAUCAGGGGAGCAGCAGCUUCCUACGGAAGUUAAUCCAGCAGUCCUACCAUGGGAAGGUGGAGGUGGUUUCCCUCAGUGGCAUCACUCCCAUCCAGAUGCUCUUUGAGAUUGGCUUGGAUAAGAUGAAGAAGGAUUAUGUCAGUUUUUUCAUAGGUCAGGAACUUGCAACAUUAACCUACUUGGAUUACUUCACUUCCACAUCAGUGGAUCUGCAGGAACAAGUUCAUCGUGUUCAAAAGCUCCACCAUAUGCUGGAAAUAAUGGUCAACUGCAGAGUCUUACUCCAGUUCAGACAUGAGAACCUCUUCCCUUUGACACAGAUUUGCAUGAAGUAUUACAAGGAAAACCCUCUCAACGAGAAACAUGUGUUUCAGCUGCCCAUCAGACCAGCUCUUGUGAAGAAAUUCUACCAAGAUGAACACCCUGAGUUAUGGAAGGUGGAGAUAAGCAGUGGGCACGGAGCAAAGGAGGUGAAAACAAUGUGGCAAGUCAGUACUAAUCCUCCUGUGGAACAUGUGGCAUCAAACAAUUCAGGUCUCUUCUCUGACUCCACAGUAAAUGGGAGCCCUGAAGAAAGGCUGUAUUUUAUCACAGUGACCAAGUGCAGUCAGGUGCAUUUCACAUAAAUCCAGGUUAGUCUGCAGGAAAGGUACAGUAAAGGCAAAGUUCAGUGUCUUCUGUGUCCCAACAGAUUAUUUAGGAACACUGAUUUAAAGAACAGCUCCUCUCACUGAGUUUU